AUGGCGUCGGGCAUGCGUUCAACACGACAUGCAGCGUCCGUGCACGACAAUCUGUUACAACUCUCGACUGAUCAAGAUAUGCUGGCAAGCCUCCAAAAUAUCGAACAGCUCGUCCUCGCCCAGGCUGUCUACGAGUACGGUGCCAACGCGUGGCACACAGUUUCUCAGGUCGUCUCGAAACACCCUUGUCUGACCCAGUCAUCUUCCAAGUUAUUCAGUCCACAACCACCCAAUGAUAGCUCAGAUGCCAACAACGUCCCUCACGCGCCCCUUCACCUCAAGCUUGCGCAGCGCCAUUACUCUGCUCGUCUGUUGGAACUACGGGACCUCAUUAUUGCAGAGGAAACCAAGUUCAAACGUAUCGUAGCGGAGAUCAACGAAAUACGCAGCGGAAGUUGGGAUGAGAAAAUCAGGACCAAGCUUUCUGAUGGGGUGUCUCGUCCGGAGGAAACUAGCCCUCCCCCAGCCCAAGACGUUCAAGAGCUCCGGUCUUCUGAGUCACACGUUGACCUAGAACCGUCAGUGCAAUCCGCUGAUAACCUUCCUGCUGUGGAGGUAGAGGAAUCGUUACUUGCAGAUGAACCGGAUACCUCGCCCACGGGUGCAGAUCAGAUACCGGAUGAAAUCGUUGCUGAAGCACUCCUUGAACGUUCGUCAUCGCAGCCUCCGCUUACCGACGCGACGGAGGUUGAGAAAGCAAGAGAACAGGACGAUUCGCAAACGUUUGUCCAGUCUGACGCCCGGCCCGAUAUUUCCUCUGCACACACGAAAGAGGUCUCUGCUUUCGAUUCACAGGAGAUUUCUACUCUCGAAUCGCCAGAGGAUCUUUCUGUUCCAGAUUCAGAACCCCCGCGCGAAGGUAAAAGAAAGGCCUCGGAUGCUGGGAACUUAGACGACAAUACUAGGGAAAAGAAAAGGCCCCGUGAAGAAUCAGCAUCGAUCGACCUUGAGGAACAGAGCUUGGACACGCAGCCCAUGACAGGUGCCACUGCCUCUGCUGUGGGCUCGUCCAGCCGAAGACGAGGAACGAUAGGUAGCGAGCACGGGCAAGCGCAAGUCCCACCUACGCUACCCAACAAACGCUUCCAAACCGUCAUUGGGAUGCUUCACAGCCAGAUAUCUCAGCACCGCAAUGGAAAUAUCUUCCAUAACCCCAUCAAAAUUUCAGAAGCUCCCGAUUAUCAUGAAAUCAUCAAACGCCCCAUGGACCUGAAGACCAUCAAGGGAAGAGUUAAAGAUGGCAUCAUCACCAAUUCGCUGGAGUUUCAAAGAGACGUGUAUCUCAUGUUUGCCAAUGCAAUGAUGUACAAUCGUCCUGGCAGCGAUAUCUAUCAGAUGGCGGAAGAGAUGAUGUUGGAGAGCGAAGCACAUAUCAAUACCUUCCGUCAAACAGAAGGGUUUGUUCGAAGCGCUCAUCGUUCUUAG